CUGAGUGGACAUGUAGAUUUUUCCAGAUUGCUUUCGGGUGCGGCCCCCUUGUGGUUUUCGUGAAAAACACCUAGCACAAACUACACGUGGUGUCUACCAAGGUUGACAGAGAACGCAGGGCUGUACACCGUCUUAUCCCUGCUGCUCACCCUCCGUUUAAGAAGAGAUAUGUUAUAAUUAACUUGUCAGAGAAAUAAGAGAAGUUACAUUAUUUUUCAUAAAACAGGCAAACAUUCUGACAGAUAACACCGCGAUGUCUACCGAAGUAAAUGCACGCACCAAAAAAAAGAAGGUUAAAAAAAACGAAUUGCGCUCGCAAGACCCUGCUAAGGCACAUGUCUCAGAAGAUGAGAAGAAAAUUAAUAAAAGAAAAAGGAAAAAAGCGACUGAUGAUUGCUUGGGAGAUCAAGGUGACUCCAGUAAAAUUCAGAGCCAAAGAGAUCAAAAUAUCGACAGUGAUGACGGGAGUCCACCCAAAAAACCGAAUGAACCAUCUAAACGGCAAAAAAAAAGAGAAAAAGCCAUGCAAAUGGUUGCUCAACAAAGAGAAACCAGUAAACUAGAAUCUACUCAAAAGGCAUUGAACUAUCUAUCAAAAUGGAAACAUGCCAGGAGUGAAUGGAAGUUUGAGAAGCUAAGACAAAUCUGGCUGACAGAUCAUUUGUUGGAUGAUAAAUCUGUACCCGAUUCUAUGUUCACCAUUGCAUUGGAAUACUUUGAAGGGAGUAAAGGAAUGGUCAGGACACAGUUGAUAAAAAAAAUGAUGGAUGUUAUUAAAAAUGUAGAGGAUCAACAACAGAUAGAGAACAAAGAUGGAGACGGAGACGGAGAUGAUGAUAAAAUUGACGCCACACAAUCCCCAGAAUACCAGAGAGCACGGCAAAUUGUGCAGGCUCUACCAACAGACAUUUCGUAAUCAGGUAACUGAUUAUCAAUUUCAAAAAAGUACAGGACAAAUUUUCCUAUGAACAUCCGACAUAUACAGUGAAUAUUUAUUACAUUUUAUUAUGUUACACAAUAAAUAAAACUGCAUCUAUUUUGUUACAAUA